GUAACGUUACAGAGGCUUUUCUCGAUCGUUUAAUAUCCAUCGGUUAUGUGGCGUCCAUCGGAGACAAGCUGCCACAUGCUUUGCGUGUCUGCGCCUGCUUUUUAGCCCGUGGUUCUGCUGAAGCUGAUAACGCAUGAAUUCGUGCUACUGCUGGUCUCUUUGUAUUUUCCAGUGCUGUCUUGGGGCGACAACAAAGGAAGAAUAGUGUAAUUUCAGUUGCUGUGGAUAUACCAGAAGGGUACUUUUGGCACGGCAGUCCUCCUAAAGUCGUGUUUUUCGUGUAACGUUAGCAUUGUUCGGGUAAAUGUAGCCUACGUGAGUUAAAAUUGACAAGAUUUUCGGCCAUAAUUGAUGCAUUGGGGUCUUUAUGUGGAUUAUUACAGACGUUGUGCUCCGUGUGUCUGCUCAAACUUGGGUACAAUAUAAUGCCAUUGUAAAUCGGUCAUUUUCCAGCCAAGUGCGGACAAUUACAGAGAAAGAAAAUUGUGACGCAGUUCUUGUAAAACAUCUUUCAUUGCCUGCUGCAGUAGUGCCGUCGGCACCUACGGCACCUAUACUAGCCGCUGCAAAAAGAUCUGCGCAAUGCCCAUGUGCUAGUAAUCAUUUAAUGUUACAUUUUCUGAAACAAUGUAAAAUGCAGUCAAUCUGCUGGGGUGAAUGUUGGGGGGAGAUGGGUCUGAAUGAAAUAAUUGUUUUUUAAGGCGUGGGAAUUGUAGUUUGAUUUCCAACCAGACCCGAGGUUCCUAUGGCCCCUUUUAAGGAAAUGGACUACAACGCCCAUGUACCCAAGUCUCUAGAUACUUUGUAAACUCUGUGCAAGUUGUGCGUCUGCACUGCUAUUUUAGGUAUGCAGCUAGUGCUAUCUGAUCGACAGUGUGUUGAUUUAUCUCGUUUGGCCUCUGGAAACAAUUGAAAGCAGCGAUAUUGGAUGACAGCUUUUGGACGCAAAUGACUAGAUGACAGUUGUCGACAAGGUAGCUGGCAUGAUAAAAGAUACUUUGGUGUUUGCAUGCAUUUCGAUGAGGGCAGACAGAGACUCCCUCAUGCGUGCAUGAUAAUUUUCCCACCGGUUUACACAUUUUAAACCUAAAAUCUUCUCCUGGAGGGGAGAUAAGAGUAAUCGUAGCGUUAUAGGAUGUAUCUUGAUUAUUGAGGAAACCAGCUGGAGUUCAGAUUAUAUACGACUUUCAGCUGAAUUCCCACUUGACUACACUGGCCAGCAUCCACAAGAUCUACCACACCCUGCACAGGCUGAACCUGACAGAAGACGUUGGACAGGAUAGUCACCCCUCAGCUUGUUGCUCCAGAGCCAUGCCUCCUAGGAAAAAGAGGAGACCCUCUGCUGGAGAUGACAUGUCAGCCAAGAAAAGUCGCCAAGACAGUGUAUUCAGAAAACAUGAGACAUCACAAAUCCGUGAGGAGGAGACAUUUUCCAGUAAAAGAUGCUUAGAGUGGUUUUAUGAGUAUGCAGGCUGUGAUGAUGUGGUGGGUCCGGAGGGCAUGGAGAAGUUCUGUGAGGAUAUUGGAGUGGAACCAGAGAAUGUGGUGAUGCUGGUUCUGGCAUGGAAGCUGGAUGCCCAGAGUAUGGGUUAUUUCACUCUGCAGGAAUGGCUGAGAGGCAUGGGCUCGCUGCAGUGUGACUCCACAGAGAGGCUGAGGAACUCCCUUGACUACCUGAGAUCUGUCCUAAAUGACACCACCAGUUUUAAGCUCAUCUACAGAUAUGCCUUUGAUUUUGCUCGGGAAAAAGAUCAGAGGAGUUUGGACUUGAACACAGCCAAGUGUAUGCUUGGGCUUCUUCUUGGAAAGACAUGGCCUCUGUUUCCUGUGUUUAAUCAGUUUCUAGAGCAAUCCAAGUACAAAGUCAUCAACAAAGACCAAUGGUGCAAUGUUUUAGAGUUCAGCAGGACAAUCAACCUGGACCUCAGUAACUAUGAUGAGGACGGUGCCUGGCCAGUUUUGUUGGAUGAAUUUGUGGAAUGGUACAAGGAGAGAGAGAUGUCAUAGCUGCAGUGCAAAAAUGGCCAACUAGAAGACUUGUGGAAAAAAAAAAGACAUCUAUGACAACAACGGCUAUGAGAAUCAUUAACUAAUAAGUCAACAAUAUAAAAAUGGUAAUGGUCAAUGUCAGCAAUGACAGUGGGUGCUUCUUGACAACAGAGGGGAUUGGGCUGUGGGUGGGUUAGGGUCGGGGGGCCGUGUUUCAGCCUGGGUGCAUGCAGCCCAGCGUAUUAAGGCUGAGAGCUGUCAAUGUGGAGUCAUGUUCCCUACCGGUAUUGCAUAGUGGGUAAGCUUGCAGCAAGCCCCUGUGGCAUUGCUCUCCCUCACUGUGACAUGUCAUAUUGCUGUCUGUGUUAGGAUAACAUGGUAUCAUAAAUGGAUGAUGAUGUAAGCAAAAUGGUAUUGUGUGGGAGAACCACUCCUCACCCCUUGUCUGCAGCACAGAGAAACCAACAGAUGUGACCAUUCAUGCAUUUUGUCUUGAGUCUUAAAUACGGUCACUUUGACCUGGGCACAUUUGAAUAUUGUAUAUCCGUGCAUUGAACUUGAACUUGUGCUAGUAUUGACAGAUGACAGUAACCAUUAUUGACAAAUGACAGAAACCAUUGUAUGUUUUAUUUGAGUUAGAUUGGAAUUCUUAUAGAAGCACACUGUGUCAAAUGGUUGAAUGCAGGUUUCUGAUGCCUGCACAGUUUACUAUUGAUUUGUGCCAGUGUUUGUUUUGUUUUUUUCAUCCCCUCUUAUUCUGUUGCUCCAGCUUAUGCUACAUUUUGCUAAACCCCUGCCAUGCGAAGGCUUCAGACCUCACAACACUAAACGAAUCAGCAUUGCUGCUUACUAACUCUUACUACAGUACAGCGGUUAGUCACUGGCGUUCUGAUCUGCAUUUAUUGGUCUAAUGGCCAAUUUAUGCAUCUAUGCUGUGUUGGUAAGAGUAUUUUUGUGCCUCAAAACAUGGAAUUCACUUUGUGUGUCUCACACACACAUACCAACAAACCCACAUGUAUGUGUGUGUGUGUGUGUGUAUAUAUAUAUAAUAUAUAUAUACACACACGCACACACAGGAACACAGCAAGUGGUCAGGGAUUAUUUCAGGAUGAAUUCAGACUGUUGGGGCUGUGUUUUGAGUUGAAAUAGAGCUAGUUGGUGUCCAUUUUGUCUUGAUAUGUGGCAUCUGUUGUGUCUUCCUCAGUCCAUUGAUAGUUUCAGGUCUCCUAUUACUGGUAGCAUCUCUCUUCAACACUGACAGCGUUAGUAGAUCUACAGUGGAAGACCAGUGACCCUCUCAGGAUGAGGUCCUUUAGGCUUAAGUAGAAAAGUAGGUUUGCUGAAUGCAUUGCUUUGUAUCACCCCUAGGGUCUAAUCAUAAUGAUGGACACUGACAGUUUGGAGCUGUGUAAUGAUGCUAUGCUUUUCUUUUCUCCUAGUAUAAUGUUCUUGUAACACAUGUAUAAACUUUUGUCUCUGGCUGUGGUGUGAUGCUGAAUCGUCAGAAGAUUUAAUAUUUGCAUGCAUGCUCCAUCAGAGCCUUUUGUGAAUGGAUGAGUUUUUUGAAAAUGUUUUUUUUGUUUGUUUUAUUUUGUACAGGAAUUUGUGCAAGUGUUUUGUGCUUCAUUUGAUAUUCAUGAUCAUGUUAUCUUAACUCUUAUGAAAAUCAUGAUUGUGUCUGUUAAGACCUGGAACACACCUGUAACCUCACGGUGGAACAGGAGUUCCCUCCUGCGUUUACCCCAUAUUACACAUCCUCACGUAUGCUGUAAAGCUUUAGAAAGUGGCCUCAAGUCUACAGGGUCUAAUUUUAUUUAUUGGACAUAACCUAUGUUGCAACCACCUUAUCAUUGUGUAUGUAAAAAUUGACAUUAAGGUUAGUUUUGAAGGUUGAUAUCAAGCAUUUAUUAUAAGUUCUCAUGUCAGUAAAAUCCAUUGCAGUGUAAACUAUGUAAAAGCUUCUGUUACCAAAUGUUACAAUGCAUUGAUCAUCAGCAUAUAAAAAUUCAAGAGAUGGACCUUAGAUUGCUCACUAAAUAUUUGUGUCAGAGCUAAUUCAUUUAGUUUUCUUCCAUAAUGCAGGAGGAUGAACAACCUUGUCCUAACUGUAUAUAUGUAUGUAAACUAUGUAUGUACGUGUCUAUAUGUCUGUUUUCACUAUAACCUAUGUCUAUAUACGUAAAUAAAGGGGUUUAUUAACUUAA